AUUUCUGGCCGACAGAGAGCGCCACCAUUUUUGGCGCGCGCACGUACCGUGAUCGACGUAUUUAUUUCUUAUGGAUAAACGAUUUAUAUUUGAAACGUAUGCGUUAUGGAGGGUUUAACAAGUUCAUCGUCAUAUUGGAAUUAGCUUUCAACGUAAUAAUAUCGAAUGAUCGAUCUCUCUUAUUGGUCAUGUUAAUUCUAUUGGUCAUCAAACAGGAUUCUCACGUCGUGAUAUCAUCUCGUCUAGCAAGUUUUUGAUCGUUGUAAACUUUUAACGACUACAACGACGAAAGAGAAGAUUCAACUACGCGUAUGCACACACGUAAUACACAUGAACGAACAAACAUAUAUAUAUACACGCACGCAAGACGCAUCAUACAUCCAUAUACAAUACGCACGCACAGCUGGAAAUUCAAGUCUCCUUAAGGAUAGGCAACCCAAUCGGCGUGCAGGUCGUGAAGGAUAACGAGACACAUAGGUGAAGAACAAUGUCACAGGUGCGUAGAAUCGUUCCGUUAAUGAAAAUCACCGAGAUCGAAGAGAAUUCUCCGCAAAAGGUUCAGGAUACAUCGCUGGAAAUAGUCUCGCCGGUAUCAAGCAUGAUUCGUGAUUUCGAUAAGUCUACGAUAUCGUUAAAAGAAUGUAUGGAAAGUGAUACGAACAAUUCAGAGCUGCGUUUAGAUUUGUCCAAGGUAAUCUCGCCGAAUGUGGGAAAAGAACAAAGUCUCUUCAAGAAUGUAUUUAGAAUUAGAAGUACGCCAGAAAAAGAGGUAGCUCCUAAACCAAAAGCACGAAGAUUAGUGGGCAUGGCGGCACGAAGAUUCGUCGGUCUUGAAACCUUCUCGCCAUCUACCAACAAAGAAAAUGGCACAGUUAAUCGUAACAUCAACUCUAGUCCGCAGAAAAUAAAUGGAAGCAAACGGUCACGCUUCCCUCUCGAAGAUUGCGACUCGAACAACCAGGAUAACAGCUAUGGAGUUAAUUUGCACGAAAGAGAUACACGUACUGGAUUUCAAUUUGCGGAACCUCUUGGCGUGCCACCAAGACGUAUAAACGUCGCAGAAGCUCGAAGUCCCAUACAAUCACCUAUAAGAUCAUCGCCUCGUGAAUUAUUAACGGAUCCGAUGAUCUUCCGUAGUUUGUCAUCGGGAUACGAGAGUAUGGAUGACGAUUUAAACGAUCUUAUGGAUUUGGACGCUUUGGACGAAGCAACGCAUUUACCAAAUGGCCUUACGAGUUUAUUAUCCGGUAGUAUAGUUGGAUCAGAAAUAAUGGAAUAUGCUAUAAUAACAACACCGGAGUAUCCUCGUACAAAAGUGAAACGUUCAUUUCGACGUUCUAUGUCAUUACAAAACGACCGAAAUAAUCCGCAGUCGUCCGUAUCGAAAGUACGUUCCUGUCUAUUUCGUUCGCCCUCGACAACCUGUUCAACUCGUAAACUAACAUUCGACGACAAUACACAAACGCGUAAUCCAUCUUAUCCGAAUGUGGACUCACCGCCGGAAACGAGAUCGUUUAAAAGACCAGAUCCACCAGCCGAACAUAGUCCUCGAUUAGUCAAGAGGUCUAGGAUAUCGGUUGACUUCCAACAUAUACCGGAGGACGUUGAAUUGGAGAUAUCGUCCAAACAGACAACUUACGUAACGGAGAUCGAAACGAAGCUAGUCAAAAAAUCAAUCAAGUCAAAUUGUUUGGAGAAUAUGCCAGAAAGUGUAGAAACGUGUGAGCCUAUUAAGGAAACCUUGGAGAAUGUUUUUGGCGAUAGUAAAACACAUGCCAUGAUCAAAUCGGCGAUACACCGUAGCGUAACCGACGCCGAUCUUACAGGUGACUUUAGUAAACCUUGCAUUUUACCUCUUGCCGAGGGUCGACACGAUGAUCUUAAAUCAAUCUCCGUUGAUACCUUGGCAGCAUUGAUGCGUGGUGAUUUUGAAGAGUACAUUGAUUCCUUCAUUAUCGUCGAUUGCCGAUAUCCUUACGAAUACGAAGGUGGACACAUCCAAGGUGCACUCAAUCUUUACAGCAAGGAAUUGAUCGAACAACAUUUAAUCGAUCCAUUGACCAACGUACCGGAGAUACAGCCCAAUUCGUGCAAACGUCGCAUUCUCGUCUUCCAUUGUGAAUUCUCUUGGGAACGUGGACCAAAUCUUUCCCGUUUUCUACGUAAUAUAGAUCGUCAACGUAACAAGGAACAUUAUCCCGCCCUUCAUUAUCCGGAAGUUUAUCUACUACACGGAGGUUAUGAACAGUUCUAUAAGGAACAAAGAAACCUUUGCUCGCCACAAGGCUACAAACCAAUGUCGGAUCCGAAUCACGAGGCCGAUCUCAAACAAUUCCGUGUUAAGAGCAAAAGUUGGCAAUCUGAAAAACCUGUAAGCAGAGUUAGUGGACUCAUGGUUAGAACGAAUAUCAAGCGUUUAGGUUUUUGAGAUAUUCUUUUUUCUUCUUCUUCUUCUUCUUCUUCUCCUUCUUCUUCUCCUUCUUCUCCUUCUUCUUCUCUAACCUUCCUUCCUUGAAUCUCUUCGUGUUCUUUUGUCAAGAUUACUUGGAUGCACUAAGGUGACUUCGACACUAUAUUGCAAACAAAGAUCUAUAUUCUCUUCUUUAUUUUUCUAUUCUUCUAUUUUAUUUAACUUUCUUUUCUUUUCUUUUCUUUUUUUUGUUUUUUUAUUUUUCACACAUCGGGAUUGAACGCGGCGCGAGUUUCGUUUCUUGUUUCUUUUUCUUUUUUCUUCUUCUUCUUUACGCCUUCUUUCUCCGCAUAUUAUGCAAUCGCGCGUUCAAAGUGCAAGAGGAGCAAGGAAUCGAGUUUUCCUUGCUCGCGAAACUAUAUGUGAGUCCUGUGAAUCGUCAAGUGUCUAAUUCGAGAUUAUAAUAUCUUAUAGAGACUCUUCGCGAAGAGUUCCUUUUUCUUCUGUUUUUUUCCUCCCCCUUUUUUCUUUUUUUUUCUUUUCCUUUUCUUUUUUUUUCUGUAUAUAUGUUCUUCCGUACAAGUUAGAUUUAGAUUAUACAUAAACGAGAGAUAACCAUCGAAAAGAGAGAGAGAGAGAGAGAGAGAGAGAGAGAGAAAAGAAAAAAAAGAUAAUAA